UUUAAGUUCUUAUUUUCCACUCACUAUAUUCAUUCAUCAGACACUCUUUGCCUUUUUGUUCCUAGGAACUUAACUCAAUUCUACAGCAAACUAUAAAAAAAAUUUUUUUGCAGAAGUGGAAACUAAAAAAAGCGUUAACCAAAGUGCACAAAGCGGCCAAUCUGUGAUAGUAUCACAGAGCAACAACCACACCGUGCCUAAACCAGCUAAUGUCCAAUGGGAGACCCCUAUAGAAGAGACUAGACCGUUCCCGUUGGCCCCAACUCCCGCUCAACUCGGACGAGCGCCGUUACAAAAAAGACUAAGCAGAGGCACAUCGACCGGAUCGAACGGUAGCGCGGAACAGCCGGCGGCGGUACCGUCACGUCCCGAUAGUGGGCCGAGUACGCCUCAGUGCGUGACUGAGCCGCCGUCACAUUCGCCGCACAAGCACGCGGACUUACCCAGUCCCAUGCACAAGAAGAGCCUGUUCAAGAAGGGCAACGAGGACGGACGAGAUAAUUUGCUCCUUCGCAGAGUAUUGGAGACGGUGAAUUUCGAACAGAAGUUUAGUACGCUGCCUCAGUUUAAGCCGGAAGCUUGCAGUCCCGGCGCUAUGGUUGUAUGCAGUCCACAAAUAUACCUUCGUAAGAAGCACGCCAGCAAAGAGGAAGAAGCGACAGUGGUGACACCUAAGCUUGAAGCGGAGAUGAUGAACGGGGCAAGUAUGCCGACGCCACACUCCUAUGGCACCCCUCACACCACCACCAAGCUGGUGGGGAACACUUUCUUCGGACCAGAUUUCAACUUGGAUUCCUACAGAGGUAGCGAGAGCGUGGACGAGAUGUCUCCUCGCACGCCGUGCUCGGCCAGCGGCGGGGGCGGGGCGGGGAGCGGGGUGGGUGGUGGUGGGGGCGCGCGCGGGGGGGAGGCGGGGCACCGGCGCGUGCUCGAGCAGCGGCGUACGCUCGUGCUCAAGCUGUUCAAGGACCACGGCAUGUUCCCCAGCUCGCAGGCCACCACUAACUUCCAGGCUACGCACAUGGACAUCUUUCCAACUAAGAUGUCGCUGCAAUUGAAGAUCCGAGAAGUGAGACAAAAGCUGAUGGCGCAGUCCAAUCUCACGCCUCACUCUGAAGUCAACACGCCUACCAAUGUUAAUUCCCCGAUCGUGUCGGCUGCGUUGCAACCAACAUCGACGGCCAGUUAGCGAUGUGGGUACACCAUCUCCAUUGUGGUACAGGAGUAGGCAAUGUUGAUAUGUAUGGUAUGAUAUUUUGGAUACAUUCUAUUUGGAUGUUCUUAUUUUCUUAAGUUUUGUCAG